AUGGCGCUGCGGGAGCUGCAGGGUGUGCAGAUCCCCGGCUUUCGCGGGAACGGUGCAGGUCUCCGGAGAGCCUGGCAGCUUCCCGCAGUCUCGCUCCGCUCUGGGUUGUCACGCAGGAGCUCAGCCGGUUUUAGGAAGGGCUGCAGGACUCCUCCGCAGCCGAGCCUUCCCGCUAUGUCGUGCCGCCUCCGGUCCCCGAGGAGAUAUCCGAAGCUCGGUGGCAGCGAGAGGUGCUGCGGGAGCGGACCUGAAGGUUUUCCCCAGCCAAAUGGUCCUGCUGUGCCCUGCUGCGCCGUGGGACAGCCGGAGGGCUCGGGGACUGCGUGGCUGCUGGAGGAACGACGAUACUCCACGGAGGCACUGGGGGCCACCAAGUGCAUCGAGGAGACGGACACCCCGGAACGCCUCUGCCCGCGCAAGGGCUGCCAUGGCUGCGCCGUUCGCCUUCGACAGGACGGGGUGGAGGCCUGCGAGCGCGGGCUGCCCUGCGAGCUGCCGAGUGCUGCGCCCAGCAGGUUUCCAGCUGGUUUGCACAAGCAGUCGGGUACCGCCGUUGGCACUACAUCAGUUUGCUUGCAACUUAAUGAUUUUUUUUUUACAGGCUGUGAGCUUAAAGCAGACAAGGAGUAUCAGUUCAAGGUAGAUGAUGAAGAAAAUGAGCAUCAGUUAUCUUUGAGAACGGUUACUUUGGGGGCUGGAGCCAAAGAUGAGUUACAUGUCGUAGAAGCAGAAGCACUGGACUAUGAAGGCAACCCUAUUAAAGUAAUACUGGCAUCGCUGAAAAUGUCAGUGCAGCCUACGGUUUCAUUAGGUGGCUUUGAGAUUACACCACCAGUCGUCUUGAGGUUGAAAUGUGGUUCAGGGCCUGUUUAUGUCAGUGGUCAACAUCUUGUAGCCUUAGAGGAAGAACCAGAAUCAGAUGAUGAGGAAGAUGAUACAAAAAUUGUGAACACUUCAACAAAGAGACCAGCAAGUGGAGGGGGAGCUAAAACGCCACAGAAAAAAGCAAAAUUGUCAGAAGAUGAUGACGAUGAUGAUGAAGAUGAGGAUGAUGAUGAUGAGUAUGUAUUUUUGUUUUGAUAGUGUGUUUUGAAAUACCAUUAUAAGGAUAAUUGUUUCAGAACAUGAAUUAUGUAUGACAUAACUGGAUAUUAUGCCAGGAAAUUCCUUAGCUGCAAAAGUGCAGAAUUAGCUCAAGCUUAUCCCCACGCUGUAAGCUAAAUUGUAACUGUAAGAAAUGAGUGGUUUUUUAUGUAUCUUACAUGGAGUGGGAUUUAACUUCAUGUAGUUCAGUAACUUUAAAUAGAUUUAGAAUUUCUUCUUUAGGGGUAGUUGGGGUUGUGUCAAGCUAAAGUUUCCAAAUGCAGUUCUUAAGUCCUAAGAUACAUGCUUUCAGCCUUAAAAUGGAAGGGGUUAGUUACAUUUUACUACUUUGCUAGUAAGUGAGGGGAUUUGACCUAUAAUUAGCUUGCUGUCUGUUAAAACAGUCUAGGAGGCAGAGCUGGAAAGCUUACUUGCCUUCCUUCACUAAUAAAAUUUUAUUGCAAAAGCAAGAUGAAUUUUUAGUGAAUAAGGGGAUUGGCUAUGCCAAGAGUGAGCUGUGGUGAGUGACUGCCUUUUACUUGUAGUGAUGAGGAUGACUUGGAUGAAGAUGAGGAAGAAAUGAAAACUCCAAUAAAGAAACCUGCCCGUGAAUCUUCUGGAAAAAAUAUGCAGAAAGCGAAGCAAAAUGGAAAAGAUUCUAAGCCGUCCACACCCGCAUCUAAAUCAAAAACUCCAGAUUCCAAGAAAGAAAAAUCCCUAACUCCAAAAACACCAAAAGUCCCUCUGUCAUUAGAGGAGAUUAAAGCAAAAAUGCAAGCGUCCAUAGAUAAGGGUUCUUCCCUUCCUAAGCUGGAACCCAAAUUUGCCAACUAUGUUAAGAAUUGUUUCAGGACGGAGGACCAGAAGGUCAUUCAAGCUCUCUGGCAGUGGAGACAGACUCUGUAAGAAAAGAAAACAGUUUAAACAGUUCAUUAAAAUCUGCCGUCUUAUUUCUGUAACCAUUAUUUGGCUGUCCUUUUUACAAAUGC